CAACAAUAUCAGACCACAAGGUCAGAGGAAAUCCAUCCUUUGUAAUGGCCGACAAAGAGGAGAUCGAGUCUCAGCAGCCGCCGGAUCCUGCGAGGGAGGAGAAGCCGGAGACGGCGGAGGUGGAGGAGAAAGAGGAGGAGAAAGAGAAGGCGACGAAGGAGAAGAAGCCGCGGAAACCGAAAACCGCCACUCAUCCUCCCUACUUUCAGAUGAUAAAGGAGGCUCUGUUGGCUCUGAACGAGAAGAGCGGGUCAAGUCCGUACGCCAUAGCCAAGUUUAUAGAAGGAAAGCACAGGUCCGUACUUCCGGAGAAUUUCCGCAAAACCCUAGCUCUGAAGCUCAAGAACUCAGCCUCCAAAGGGAAGAUCGUGAAGAUCAGAGCUUCUUACAAGCUCUCAUCAGAGUCAACGAAGAAGACGAGAUCCGCAACCGCCAUGACGACUCGGCAGAAGGCGAAGAAGAAACAGGAAGAGACGAAGACGACGAGGAAGAGAGCUCGCUCUACCUCGACAAGGGCAAAGACGAUGUCUCUGAACAAACCGGAAGUGGCGACGAAGAAGAAGAGAAGUGGGACGAGGAAGGCGAAGCCUAGGCAACCCAAGUCCAUUAAAUCACCUUCUGGUAAGAAGGCCAUGAAAGCUUCUGCUUCCACCUAAAGAAGAAGUUGUAGUUUUCUUUUGUCUUCUGUGUAUAUAUGUAUAUAUAGGUGUGUUUAGUGUGACUGUUGUCUCUUCUUCGGAUGUGUCUCUUUUGGCUGUGGGAGUGAGGUUAGAGAACCUUCAUGUGUAACCUCUGAAAUAAUCAUGGUUUAAUAAAAAUGACCUACUCUUUCUGUGUUG